CACAUAACGGUUAUAUACAUUUUAUAAACAAAAUCAUUAAAAUCAUUAACUCCCUUGCACUUAAUACUUCACACUUGGGCAGUAAACUUGCACUACACCUUCACCAGUUUUGAAAUUAUAUUUUAGUUUAAUUUGAUUUUGUUUAAUUUAAUUUUGUUUAAUAUUAUUUUGUUUAGUUUAAUUUAUUUUAGUUUAGUUUAAUUUAAUUUGCCUACGUUAAGCUCCUCUUUCUGCAUAAUUCCUUUUGAAACUAACAGUUUGAAAGUCACUGUAGACUGGCAUUUCUUUACUGCCGUUGAAAAGUGUGAGUGAGCGUAAAGAAUUUUGAUAUUAAAUAGCGCUCCUCACCACGUUACCAUUGUUGUUGUUGUGAGUAUAUGAAGCAUAUGGUCAGAAUAAUUUUUUGACGGAUAGACAUCAGACGGAGAAUAAUCAAAAAAUUUAUCUAAUGCACCUGCAUGUUCUAGAAUGGUCAUAUUUCUUCCAAGGGAAUACUUACAGCUAGGAGAGUGUCUUAUUAGCAGUCUAAUGAACUAGACAGAUAACCAUUCAUUCCGAAUAUUUCAGUUUUAUUUUCCAAAAUUCAACGUAGACACCGCUUUUGUGAUUAUAGCUUUGCCGUUCCGGCGUCUUUGAUCUUUCGAUUAGAUUGAAGGCUCUCAGCGGAGUGUUUUUGAGUGCUUUUUAUUUACACUGAUGCUGGUUUUUUAUGUGGCGGACCCUAAAUCAAGCACACAACCUCGCAAUAUUUUUGUAUAGAGUGGCGAUUGUUUCAAGACCGACUUUCGCAGCCACAAACGAUGCAAUAAGAUUUUGGUGAGCUCUUUAAGCGAGUGUGUAUUCUUCACAAAUUGAACGAAGAGCUUGAACGAAAAUCGCCCCAGAGGUUACAAAGCGAUAUAAAAAUGCCUUUGCUGACCAUGCCUCGGCUAAGAAAAAUAUCAGUGGGACCAGUGACACUUAGGCGGCAUUCCGCGCUGUAGGAUCGAUUAGAAAGUCAUCGUAGAUUGUAGUAUCCAAGCUUAUUAAUAACUUAAUUACUUUCCUUCCUCCAAGCCAGAUCCAUUCAAAUCCCAUCAAGGCCGCACUUAAUCGCCAUCGACUUCAUAACUUUCUCCCACAUUGCUCUUCUACCUUCAAUGCUCUGAGAAACAUACAUACCUACUACUUGAGCUCACACUUACUGCGGGCUCGUCGCAGCUAUCAGCCAAAACUCUUUACCAAUUACACUGUUUGCCCAAAAGACGUUAGAUUAUUCUCACUUUGCAACUUGAACUUUUCAAGGUCGUACGUCUACCACGCGACAUAUGUUGUUCCAAAUUUUUUUCGCAAAACAAAAUCGUAACCUUAGAUUUAUUUGAUUUCACCGUUUCUAAACUAAGCAAACGAUGUGAAGGUGGUGAACAGUACUUUCCAUCGCUAGCCGAAAAAUGCGGUUGCUCCCACAGUUUCGUACUUACCGUUAUUUGUACAGCUGGUGGCACACUUUCCGUUACGCGCUUUAACCUUCAUGUGCUUUACUUAAAAGCCGCGGUGAGCGAGCAAAGUUAUGUCACAAACUUGUGAGUGUCUCGCGGAGAAGUAACGGUGCAAUUUACAGUAAUUUUUGUUAAGUUUUUAUUUAAUUUCGUAGCAAUAACGGUUUAGAGAAAUGCGUUCAUACUGUUGUUUAUUCGUUCUUGCUGUUGUCAGCUUUCCGGCGCUGAUUUCAGCCAACAACACUACGCCGUUGGAAGAGGAGCCAGUGACUUUGGUUGUCUCCACCACACCGAAACCGCUGUGCAAGGAACGCAUGUGCCCACGCAUCUAUAUGCCAGUCUGUGGCUUGGUCGACGGCAAGAUGGUGACUGCACCUUCCCGUUGCGAUCUCAACAAUAAGAUUAAAUGCUCGUUGUCGCUACGCAGAUCGUUGGGAUCGAAAGUACCAAGAGUUCGUUUCCUGCACAACGGCCCUUGCUCACCAAAUAAAGACGAAAGUACUGUUGUGCGCAUGCGUGAUGAGACGCCAGCGGUAGAGGUGAAGGAUGAUGAAGGUAAAAACAAGACGAAUAAACUUGAUGACUCCAUCGAGUUGAUUGAUAUUAGGGAAAGCUAUGAAGAUGGCGAUGAUUCGGACGAGUCUGAUGAAAUCUCUAGCAGUGAGGAAGAGGCGGAGGCCAGGAAGGUUGAACUGAAGCAACUAGAACUAGAAGCGAUGCAAAUUUUAGAUGCGCAUGAAGAAGUUGAGGCAGAUAUGAGCGAAGCGGAAGCUGACAAGGCUCAGGAAGAAGCCGAUCUUGAAGAAGAAUUGACAGAUUGGGACGCAUUAUAUGGAGAUAACCACGAUGAUCACGAUGACCACGAUGAAGAAGACCGCCUUGAUAAAGACCACGAUGGAGAAGACUACCUUGAUGAAGAUUACCUUCAUGAAAACCACGAUGAUGGAGAUCACUUUAAAGGAGACUACGAUGAAGAAGACCACUAUGACGAAGACCAUGGAAACAAAGAUGAAGAAGUUGGUGUGGCAAAAGGCGAUGGUAUGGAUGACGCCCGUGAUGACAAAGGGAAGCAGGUCUAGAAAGUAGCGAGCUUUAUUUUGUUGAAUUUGUUUUUUUAAAAUUUGUUGAAAUAUAUAUUAUACGGGUUGGGGAUUGUUAAUAAAUGUAUAUAAUGGUAAGCCCCGCUUAGUUUCGUCUUCCCGGAAGCACAGUAAACGUAUCUCAAUUUAGGCCCCUUCCUUUGGAAAGAACGUCACGUCUGCAAUAAAAAAACAACAAACGUUAAACUAGAAGGAGUU